AUGGCAUCUACGUUCGUCGGGAACUCGACUUCGAUCCAGGAAAUGUUCAGGAGAGUGAGCGAGCAGUUCACGGCUAUGUUCAGGCGUAAGGCGUUUCUGCAUUGGUACACAGGAGAAGGGAUGGACGAGAUGGAGUUCACUGAAGCUGAGAGCAACAUGAACGAUCUUGUCGCUGAAUACCAACAGUACCAAGAUGCUACAGCUGAUGAAGAAGGUGAGUACGAGGAUGAAGAAGAAGAAGAAGAAGUUUACGAAUCUUGA